GAGAGCGCGGGGAGAGCGAAGAGGAAAGAGCAGGAAGGAAAGAAAGCAGGAAAGAACACAAGACAAGGAGAGGGGGGCGCGAGGGGGGGAAGCCGCCGACGCCACGGGCGCGGAGCGCCAAGAGCAAGGCACGAGAGCGACCACGGCGGGGGCCAAGAGACAAGGAAGGGCCGGGAGCGAGGGCGGGGAGCACCAAAGCCCGCACGAAGCACGCCCAGGGACACCACACGGCGGCGGCGGGGGCACGGCGCCGCGCGACGAGCCCAGGAGGGCACGACGCCGCGGGACGGGCCCCCGGCGGCCACACGCCGGGAGAAACGGAGCCGGGAGCGAGGGCGGGGAGCACCAAAGCCCGCACCGAAGCACGCCCAGGGCCGCCGACACGGCGGCGGCGGAGCGCACAGCGCCGGGGGACAAGCCAGGAGGGCACAGCGCCGGGCGACGGGCCGCCCGGCGCGGGGGGGCGCCAAAACAAGGGGGGCGGGCGGCCAACGGCGGAGACGCGGGAGAGGAGCGGCAAGGAGGCGCAGGGCGCGGGGAGGAAGAGAAACACGCGGGAAGGAGGGCGCGGGAGAGCGCGGAGGGGGGCGCGCGGGGAAGAGAGCAAGGAAAGCACGGGAGAGGGGGCGCGGCGGGGCGCGGGGAAGAACGCGCAGAAGAGGGGCGGGGAAGCGCGCGGAGGGCGGGGCGGGGCGCACGGCGCACGGGAAGAGGGGGGGAGGCGCGGGACCAAAGGAGAGGGGGCGCGAGGCGCGGCAAGCGGAAGGGCGCGAGGCGAGCGCGGGAGGAGGGCGAAGGGCGGCGCGCGGAGGGCGGGACGGCCGCGGCGGCAAGGCGGCAGAGCGGCAGCAGGGGAGAGCGGGGAAGGAGAAGCGGGCCGGGGGAAAGAGACGCGCGCAGGGGGAAAGCGGGGAGCGGGGGGCAGAGAGCGGAGCGGAGCGGCGGCAAAGAGGGCAGAAAGGAGAAGCGAGCCGGGGGGAGAGCGGCAGCGCCAGGGAAAGGGGGAGCGCCCAAACGGCAGCGGAGAGGCCGGGGGGGGGACGGGGGAGGGGAAGAGCGGGGCGCAGGGGGGGGAGAAGGGCGGCGCGGAGAGCGCGGAAGGGGGCGGGGAGCGGGGGAGGGAAAAAGAGCGCAAGGGAAGCCCAGACGAGGAAACGAGGAGGGGCCGGGGAGAAGAGGGCACGGGAAGGGCAGCGGCAGCGGCGGCAGGCGCACGGCGGGGGGGCGCAGACGGCAAACGGGCGGGAACGGCCACCCAAGGAAGGGCGCCGGGGAAGGGAACACCAAGGGCAAGGGGCGGGAAGGGGCACCAAGGGAAGGGCGCCAGGGGAAGGGGCGCCCAAGGGACGGGGACGGGCAAGGGCGCCAAGGCGCCGGGGGCGGCAAGGGCGGCCCAAGGGAGGGGGGACGGGGGACGGCGAAAGGGGCGCCCAGACGGCGGCGGAGGGAAGGGCAGCGCAAGGCAAGGGACGCCGCAAGGGCAACAACCGCAAGGGGCGCCCAAGGGCAAGGCGAGCAGGGGCGCCCGAACGGACGGGCGCCCAAGGGCAAGGCGCCAAGGGCAACAACGCAAGGGGCGCCCAAGGGCAAGGCGACAGGGGCGCAAGGCGCGAAAACGGGCGCCCAAGGGCAAGGGCGGCGAAAGCGAGCGCCAAGGGCAAGGGCGAGGAAAGCGGGCGCCAAGGCCGGGGAAGGGGCGCCCAAGGGCAAGGGCAGCGCAAGGGCCACCCAAGGGAAAGGGCGGCCCAGGGGCACGGGGAGCGGCCGACCCAAAGCGGGAAACGACGCCCAAACGCCAGCAAAGAAGAAGCCAGCAGAGGAAGGAAGGGGACGGCGCAAAGGGGACCGGGGAAAAGGGGGAGGGGGAGGGGCAAACGGGAGCCAGGGCGCAGAAGAGAGCAAGCAGCAGCCACGGCGGCCGGACAAGCGGGGAGGAAAGCGCCAAGCAGCAGGGGAGGGACGCCGGGCGGGCCAGAGAGGCGGGAGCGCCAAGGCAAGGCAGGCAGGCGGCCAAGAGGAAGGGGCGGCACGAAAAGGCGGCGGGGAGAGCGGCGGGAGGAGGAGCGACGGGAGAGGAGAGCAGGCAGCGGCGGCGGCAAGGGGCAGGGGCGCCAGACAAAGGCGGGAGGGAGGCGGGAGAGCGGCGGCGGCGAGGGGCAGGCCAGCGGCCGCGGGGGGCGCGGGGCAAAGGAAAGAAGGGCCCGAGCAGGGGCGAAGACGCGACGAGACCGAGAAAAGAAAAGGGGGGGAGCGACAAAGACAGAGGGGGCAGAGCAAAACCAGGACACGGGAGGCCGAACAAGGGCCCCCCGGGGGAGAAGGCCAAAACCGAGACGCAGGCAGGGGCGGGAAGGCGGGGAAAAAGAAGCGGGGGCGCAAGGGGAGGGGACAAAGCCAAGAGGAGGGGAACAAAGGGGGGCGAGACACAAGCAAAAGAAACGGGGGAAGGAAGGGGGAGACAAGCGCCGAAACGCAGCGGGAAGGAGGGGAGGGGAGCAGCAGCAAGGGGGAAGGGGGCGGGCGGGGGACAGAGGGCGGGGCGGGGAAGGCACGAAAGGCGAAGGACAGGAAACAAAGAAAAGGAAAGACGCAAAAGAGACCAGGGGAAAGGAGGAGGGAGAGAGGGCGAAGGAGAGAGAAAAACGCAACAGAGGGGCGAAAAGAGAGAAAGAGCAGCGGAAGAGAAGGGGCAGAGGACCGGCGGGGGGGCGGCACACCAGAGGCGGGCGGCAAAAGGGCCGGGACAGGGGCGCGGAGCGGGAAGAAAGCAGCGGGGAACGGGGCAGGCGGAAAGGCGGGGGAAGCGGGCCGGCCAGGGAAGAGCCAAAAGCGGCGGGGAGAGGGGGCCCGGAAGAACGCCGGGGCCCACCAGAAGACACAGGCGGCGAAGCGGCGGGCGGCGCCAAGAGGCAGGCCCAGAGGGCCAGGGAAAGCGCGGAGGGCAGACCACAGCGCGGGGCGGGGCCGGGGGCCGGCGGCGGCGGGAGGCGGGCCGAGAGCCAGGGGGCGGGAGCGGCGGCAGGCCAGGGCGGGAGCAGGCGGGGGAGAGGGGCCGGAGGCCAGAGGGGGGCGGAGGGGCGGGACCCGGAGAGCAGCGCGGGAGGAGCAAAAAGGACGCCACAAAGAAGGAAGCACACAGACCAAGAGAGGAAACAGCAGACACGGGAAGGCCAAGCAAAAGAAACAAGGGGGAAACGAACAAAAGGAACACACAGAGGCCGAAGGAGAAGGAGAAACAACGGGAGAGAAAACACAGAAGCAGAGGCCAAAAGAGGGGAGAAACGAACAAAAAGAGAACGGCGAGAGGGCGAAAACAGGGGAGAGCAAAGGAGAGCACAGAGACGGCAGAGAGACGAAACACAGAAAAGAACAGAGGAAAGCACAGGGGCACAGAACACAGAGAGAGAGCAAGAAACACGGGAAAGCAGGGGGAGAGCAAAGGGGGCAGGCAAACAAGGGAGGGAAGGGACAGAAACAGGAACACAGACGCAAAAACGGAGGAACACAGGAAAACAGGCAAGGGAAACAAAGGAGCAAAGAAAGCACGAAGGGCACAGGGAGCAAAGGAAGGGGCAGGGCAGAGGAGCGCACGGGAAAGAACACAGGCAAAGACACAAAGAAAGGCCGAACACAGAGGGCAAGGGAGCACAGAAAAGGGCGAAGAAAAACAGGCAGAGAAACACAGAAAACAAGGGAGGCACGAGAAAACAAGGGAGGGGAGCACAAGGAGCAAGGGAAAGAGAGAGAGGAAGGCCAGGGAGACGGAGCGCAGGGCGAGCAGGCCCAACGCGGGCCGGAAGGGAGAAAAGCGCGGGGCGCAGAAAGGCGGCGGGAGAAGAGCAGCAACGGGGGGGCCGGAGGGAGAGAGGCGAGCGGCAGAGGGGCGGGGCAACGGGAGCCCGGAGAAAAGGAGGGCGAAGG